CCGGAAGCGGCGGGAGGCAGCGUGGGGCAGGCGCUGAGGCGGGUUCGCGUCGCCGGAGCGGGCAACGGUGCAGCGGCGGAGCUCCAGCCCCUUCCUUCCUUCCUUCGCGCUCUUCGCUUCGCUGCGGCGGCGGUACCGAUGAGCGGGCUCCGAGUGCCCGGCGGGCGGCCGGCGGCGACUCCGGUGCUGACCUGCCUGCUUCUGCUGGGGCUGCUCCUGCCCGCCGCCGCUGGCGGGGGAUGCGAGCUGGAGGCUGCGGACGUCGGCGGCGGCCGGCGGGGAGGACGGGGAGGUGUCGCCGCCUCUGCGGCGGAGUCGUCGUCGGCUGUGACAGAUCCCUGCAGUUCACUCAGCCCACCGUGCUUUACUGAGGAGGACCGAUUCAGCCUAGAAGCUCUCCGCAUGAUCCAUAAGCAAAUGGAUGAUGACAAAGAUGGUGGUAUUGAAGUAGAUGAAAGUGAUGAGUUUCUGAGGGAAGAUAUGCAAUACAAGGAUGCCUCUAAUAAGCAUAGUCACCUGCACAGAGAAGACAAACAUAUCACCAUUGAGGAUCUGUGGAAACGCUGGAAAACAUCUGAAGUUCAUAACUGGACUCAAGAGGACACUCUUCAGUGGCUGUCAGAAUUUGUUGAACUGCCUCAGUAUGAGAAGAAUUUUAGAGACAGCAAUGUCAAUGGAACAACACUUCCCAGGAUAGCCGUAAAUGAACAUGCUUUCAUGAUUUCUCACUUGAAAAUAAUUGACCGGAGCCACAGACAGAAGCUGCAGCUUAAAGCCUUGGAUGUUGUUUUAUUUGGACCUCUCACACGUCCCCCUCACAACUGGAUGAAGGAUUUUAUAUUAACUGUUUCUAUAGUUAUUGGUUUUGGAGGCUGCUGGUUUGCAUAUACACAGAACAGAACCUCACGAGAACAUAUCACAAAAAUGAUGAAGGACUUAGAAAGUCUUCAAACAGCAGAGCAAAGUCUUCUUGACUUGCAGGAAAGGCUUGAGAAGGCACAAGAAGAGAAUAGAAAUGUUGCUGUGGAAAAGCAAAAUCUGGAGCGCAAAAUGAUGGAUGAGAUCAAUGAUGCAAAACGGGAAGCUCAUCGCCUAAGGGAGUUGAGGGAGGGAGCUGAAUGUGAGCUCAGCAGGCUCAAAUAUGCCGAGGAAGAGCUAGUACAGGUUCGCAUGGCUUUAAAAAAAGCUGAGAAGGAGUUUGAGCUGAGAAGUAAUUGGUCUGUUCCUGAAGCUUUGCAGAAGUGGCUUCAGUUAACCCAUGAAGUUGAAGUACAGUACUACAAUAUCAAAAGACAGCAUGCAGAAAUGCAGUUAGCAAUUGCCAAAGAUGAGGCAGAAAAGAUAAAAAAGAAGAGAAGUACUGUAUUUGGAACAUUACAUGUUGCACACAGCUCCUCCCUGGAUGAAGUGGACCAUAAAAUCCUUGAAGCAAAGAAAGCGCUCUCGGAGUUGACAACAUGUUUGCGAGAGCGUCUUUAUCGAUGGCAACAGAUAGAGAAGAUUUGUGGCUUUCAAAUAGCACACAAUUCUGGACUACCCAGCUUGACCUCCUCUCUCUACUCUGAUCACAGUUGGGUAGUUAUGCCUCGAGUUUCCAUUCCUCCUUACCCAAUUGCAGGUGGAGUUGAUGACUUAGAUGAAGAUACUCCUCCAAUAGUUUCACAGUUUCAUGGGUCCAUUGUAAAACCUCCCAGCACACUGGCAAGAAGCAGUAGCUUGUGUCGGUCAAGACGCAAUGUUGUGCCAUCAUCUCCACAAUCUCAGCAUGCUUUGCACUCCCCUGACCCUGACAUCCUUUCUGUGUCAAGUUGCCCAGCUCUUUAUCGAACUGAAGAGGAGGAGGAAGCCAUUUACUUCUCUGCUGAUAAACAAUGGGAAGUACAGGAAACAGGUUCGGAAUGUGACUCCUUAAAUUCGUCCACUGGAAGGAAGCAGUGUCCUCCAACAAGUCUUGAGAUGUACCAGACACUUUCUCCUCAGAAGGUAUCUCCGGAAGAAUUCUCGCUGGAGGAAUCAUCUACGGGAGACUCCUCUUCUCUAACUGCAGAUAUUUCUAGAGGCUCUCCUGACUGUGUAGGCAUGGCAGAAACAAAGAGCAUGAUCUUUAGUCCUGCAAGCAAAGUUUAUAAUGGAAUCCUGGAGAAGUCCUGCAGCAUGAACCAACUUUCAGCUGGAAUCCCUGUCCCAAAGCCUCGGCACACCUCAUGUUCUUCAGCCAGCAGUGAUAGCAAACCCAGCCAUGAAGCUGCCUCUGUCCCUCGGAUAGGCAGCAUCCCCCAGGACCUGUACCAAAAUGGGGAAAAAAACAAAAAGCCAUCAAAAAUAAAAAGCUUCUUUAAGAAGAAGUGUAAGUGAGGUGGGCUGAAGAAACCUAUAGCAUAAGAACUCCAUUUUUAAAAUCUUUAGGAAUGUAAUUCCAUUGGAGCAUUCCAGACUGGAUGCCCUAAUGGAAUGCUCUCUAGGUCAACUAUAUUUAACUGACUGUACUGUCAAAGGUUGUGCCAGCUGUCAAUGAGAAAUCAUUAAAAAGUUCAGACAGUUUACAUUAAUUUCUGCCUAUUUAUUUUAUUUCUCCUUUUUUAGUUGGUCUUUUUUAGUAUUUUGGGGGUUUUUCCAUUUUUUUUUUUUGUUGGGUUUUUUAAAUAUAUAUUCAUGAAUCAUUUUUAAGCCACUUUGGACUUCUAAGCUUUAAUGGACUAGUAAGCCUUCCUGGGCUUGCCAAAGUUUCUUGUUUACCAGAGCAUCUUCCUAUCUUUCCAUAGAGCUAGGACGUUUAUCUACUGGACUUUAAGAAAAAUAAAAGUAGAAGAACUAAUUGAAUUGCACUACUGUUUUACAGACUGGAAAAGUCUCUCUGCAAGUGAAACUGAAAGACUUGUAUUUGACUGAAGAUGAAUCUUUUCACUUUUAGAUCUUUUGGGGUUUUUAAGUAGAACUUAGGAUUUCUAAUUGACUUGAUUUCUGGAAAUGGAAAUGCCGUGCUUUUAUUAUGGGAAGCUUUGUUAGUUACAUUUAUUAUUAGGAUUAUUCAAGUCCUGCUGUAAAGAUCAUGUUUUUUCCAGGACUUUCACUGUGAUUUUACUUUACUGCAGGCUGUAUGACAAAAAAAAAGUAAUUUAACAAGAGGCUCUUGAUUCCUUAUGCAAGUGAUGGAUUUGAAACUUCACUGAGGACUGAAAAUAUUCACCCUCUUAAAAUGAGGAGGGAGGAUAGUAGCUUUUGUUUACAGACUGACAGACGAUGGACAUUUGGUUUGUGAACGUUUGUACUGUGGGUAAAGAUAAUAAAUUGGAAACAUUAUUGUGCUUGGGAAUGUUCCAAUUUUAGCUGAUGCUUGUUUCAGACAUGUUUCAGAGGUCCUGACAAUUGAAAGCUGUUGCAGGCUACAUUGCUUAUGCUUACUGCUGUGUAUAAGUUAUUAUAUUUUUUGGAUUAGCUGUUGUCUUAAUGUCCUCCUUUUGUAAGAUUUCAUACACUUUAUUUUUGUAUAGUUCGAAGAUUCAGCUGUUCAACCAUGUCUGAAGUAAAUAGUAUAAUUUUAUAAUGCAUACUGUUAUACUAACUCAUAAUUUUAGAUACAAAGAUGUAAAGGUGAGACUCAACAUUCUUCAGAUAAAACCAGUUUUCCUGUUAAGCUUUUGUAUGGUGAGAUGAAAUUACUACGAGGUAAAAGGAAGCUUUCUUAGGACAACAGUAGCUAGUUGUUCAAAACCACUUUUUUUUUAAAUGGAGACAACAAAUGUACUGCUUGAGCAACAGUGCCUUUUAUUCAGUUUGUUUGAAAACACACUGAGCAGGAAUUUCUUUAGAGGUACAUUCCAAAGAAAUACUUCUUGCUCUAAUGAACACAAGCAAUUUACCCAGUGAUGAUUAAAUAGUUUCAACUCUUCCAUAGGGUUAGUCUAGUUGCCUCAGUAACAGGUGCCACUGCCAGGGACCUGUGAAAAGGGGCUCACUUCUUGCCAAUAUGUACAUGCUGUACUGUGUGAAAGAAUUAAUUCACCGACUGCCUAAAUUUUUUCUAGUAAGGAGCCUUCUAAACCUGUAGCUAAUUGAAAUCAAGUGGUACAUGUCUUUUCUAUCAUUUUCUAUUUAGAUUCUGCUGUACGUAACAGAUCUGUUAAUUUGUCCUCAAGAAAUGGUGGUAAUGUUAACAGAAGCAUUUACUGCAGCUAGUGAGAUGGUUAAAAGAGAGGAUUCGAAAAAGGGAUGGAGACCUUACAUGUGCAAGUACUUAAAAUUCCUGGUGCAUUGAUUAAUUCUUUAAGAAUCCAGAAGGAAUCCAAAGUUUUACCGACUAACAAAGAAUUAUUGUAUAUCUUCUAUACAGAAAAGCAUAGGAGGAAUCACCUGUUAAAUAAAGUUUGGAGAAGAAAAAUUGGUGUAAUAGAGAAUAAUGAGAAUGUUGUAUUAUUCCAUUAUUCUCUGAAUCAUCAAAUUGAACAACUAUAGCUGCAAAAAGUCAUCACAAGGUUAACAAUAGUCUCUUUAGGCAAAGAUUGUACCCUCUGUACAUGACAGACAAAAAGCAGUAAUGCAAAGAGAUUUGUGCGAGAGAGCCACCUUAAUUCUAAGCCUUCAGAGUGGUAGUUAAAAGCGUGAUGAAGUUCUUGAACAUGUACAAAAAUAAACAAGAAGACACCCUGUAAGAGUAGGGAAUUUAUUUUGUCUCCCAAACGUAAUAGAGAAGGCUACUACUAGAAAAAUCUUCAAUUUUGGUAUCUGCACUUGAAAAGGCUUUAGCAAUCAUCAAGGUUAAAGUAGGAGCUGGGACUGGAUAGUAGAUCUUGCAGUGUGAGGUCUGAAGAACUCAGUCUCUGUCAUUACCAAAGAAGUUGAAGCAGCAUUUUGAUACAGAAGAGUAAAUAUUUACACAUGGAAAAAAAUACCUGGUACUGAGGGGCUUCUAGAUCCCGGCUUUGAAGUCAGGCAAGCUCAAAUAUUGAGAAGCCAAACCAGACAAAUUCCAUUUUCUCUAGUAAGUAUAAGUAAAAAUUGAAACAGAGGAGUUGUUGGACUCUUCAUUGACUGUGAGUUUAGAUGCUAAUUGUAUUCUUAAAAUACACAAUAUAAUUGACUUCUGAAAAAAAAAAAAGGUUAUGUUGUUAUAUAAACAAAUCAGAUGAGACUGUUGUAUUGAUAGAUUUUGGUUUCAAAAUAGCAAACCUUUGGAGCACAGAUCACUCUCAACACUCAGUUUAUCACCAGCUGUCCUGUAACUUUAUAGCUGCUACUUAAUUGAUAUUAUAGAACUAAAAGCUUGAGUAUAAUCAGAAAUAGUAAGCAUUGUAUGUUGGAGCACCAAUUGUAAUUUGAAGUUCACAGAGUGGGUUUUUUAAAAGAUAUAUUAAUAGACAUCUUGCACAUCUUGCCACCUAAACUUGUCCACAAUCAAAGUGACUGGUAGUGCUCCUACUAUGGCUGUCGUAGAAAUGCUCAUCUUCAAACUGUUAGCAUCCUUUUGCUGAGGUGUGUUGAGGGCGCUGACUCUAAGGUAGGUCCUCUCUGGCAAACAUCAAGUCCAGUGUUCAUGUUGAAGUGACUGACAUAUGUCUGCAUCUCAGAAGUGGGACAGUGUGCUUUAAAAGGACCUUCUUUUUUUUUCUUCUGUGUAACUUGACCUGGCUGCCAGUCAGCUAGUCUUGCCAGCAUUCCAACCACUAGGAUUUCUGUAAGACACAUCAGGUAUUUAAAACAAUCAUGUAGUGUCAUCAUCCUUAAACAGCUGAGGACUUCCUAAGCUCUAAACUCAGAAUGGUUGUGAUCAGAGUUGUUUGGGUUUUAGUGCUUGUUUGUUUGGGGUUUUUGUGUUUUAGCUUUUAUAGCUAAAAUCCAUGUUCUAUUUUAAACUCUCUGGUAUUUUCAGAAGACUAAGAUCUUUGCAUUCUUUAAUAUUUUGUUAUAGUCCUUUAUCAGGACAGCAGCCUCCCUGUUAAAACUGCCUGAAACGCUUCUCCCUGAAGAGGUUACUGCUUAAGUCUUUUACCUGUAAAGCAAGGAAGUGUCAGUAGUUCCAUACAAAGAAGAAUAACCCCCCAAUUCUUGCAAAACCCAAACCUUUCCACAGUUCUUACUAAAACUGUGACACAUCUUUCCUAAUAGUGUAAAAAACUUCAGGAAAGGCAUUUCUAGUUGCCAUGGGAAGUGGUUUUGACCAGUUUAUGGUGGACUUUGAGAUUAAAACAAUUGAUUCUUUUUCUCUAAUUGGUAAUGGAAUUCAAAAUUUCUCAUUAGCAGUUCCAGGUAUAUAUCUUUCCCCAUUUCACUGGUACCUGAGUAGCAGAUCACCUUCUGCCUUCUGAUGGGCAGUUUGCCAAAAGAGGGAAAUACUAAUAGUCAAAGUAGUAACGUUAUAGUAAGAAUAGAGUUUCUUGUCCUCGAAGAUGACAAAUCCAAGGAUACUUGACUCAAAUAUAAGAAAAGCUACAGGUGACAGCUUGAGUUAGACAUUAAUUUACAGCUGAUUUAGAGCCUAGGAAGAUAACCUUAAUUAGAAAUUGAAGCCUUCAAGAUUUUUCCCCUUUGCUUUCCAAUGUACAGGAAAACAGCUUGCACAGGAAAGAGAUGAAUUAGUCUCACCAACUUUUAGAGCUUCAGGAUAGUUUCAUUCCAUUUCCAAGAUAGAUUGCUGGAGAGGGAUUACGACCUGAAUUUAUAAUGUAUGCAAAGAAACAUUUACUUUUCAUACUUAAAAGUGGUAGGGAGGAAUGUAAAGAUGCUUUUUUUUUAAGCCCAAAAGAGGAAUUACUAGUUCUUGAACAUCUUUAUUAUUUGCUUCUCUCCUUGUACAAUACGUUAAGUAGGGUGAGCAUGAUUUUCUAAUCUGUUCUAGUUGCACUGACUAAAGCAAUGCAUCAUUAUCUCAUGUUUGAAACACUGCUUGCUCUGAGUUGGUGUAGGCAUUUUAAUCCUGGAUAUUGCAUCUUGAUUGAAUAAUGGUUAAGCCUACUAAAGCUGUUUGAAGUGCUGAUAAACAUGUCUACUAGUGACCUAAAGACAGAUAUGGUAUAACUAGUAACCAAAAAGGGCUUUUGCCAGUAGAAUUUGGGUGCUUGACAGUGUGUAAAUGUUUAGGUAACCAUUCUUUGAGGCUUCAGUAGCAGUUAAACAGUGUCAUACACAUUUUCAACAGUUAGAUUUUUUCUUCCAGCCCUGUAGAGAUGGUGCUGAUCUCAAACUCCGCUUAUUCCUUUUUUGCAUAAAGAAUGUACCGAUUGAUCUAAAUUAAUUAACAAUAUUAACCUUUCAACUGCUAUUGUCAGUUGCUCUUGAAUCUGACAUUACUUAAGCAAGAUGACCAUGCUUACAAGUCCACUUGAGUCUUUCAGAAAUAAACUCUGUUUUUGUUACCUUUCUUUUGAAUCUAAAGUUUACCAAAUUGUGUGUGCUGUGUAUUUAAUGCUUCCCUGACAUGGAAGUGGGAAGGUUGGUCUUUGCUUAGCUGUAAAGGAAAUCACAUUUCAGCAGAGUAAAAAGAUGUUCCUCUUGCUCAUUACAGAGGAUGAAAAAGAAUUCAGAGGUAUUUCAUCUGCUCCUAAGUCAAAAGACUAAAGAAUCCAUAUGACUUACGUUGCUGGAGAUGAGAGGUACAUUCAAUCACAAAGCUUUCAGAUUAGUUAACUCUUUAUCCAAGAGAAGUCUUUCUUCUCUAGGUAUACUCUGCAGGGCAUUACGUCCAUAUUUCUGUUCCAUUUUUGACCCAGAAUUAAAUUUGGUAGUUAUAGCACUAAGUUACGUGAUUGCCAGACUUCAGAGCAGUUUCAGGUAAUGAUCUCAGUAGUGUGUCUUAAUUUCGAUUUAAUAUGUGCUAAAGACAUCUGAUUAAAGACAUUCUCCUUCACAUUCCAUUUGUUUUAAUUCAAAUCAGUUAUUCGUGAUCCCUCUACGGCUAAAAAAAUAUACAGGUACUGACAGUUGAUUCAUGUUCACAUUUAGAAGAUAGUAUGUUUUUCUUCAUGUGCGAAUUCCUAAUAUAUAAGUGGUAGAAGUUGCUUUUUAAAGACUAGAUCAUGUUUUGAUAGUAUUAUGAAAACACUGCUGUACCUCAGUUGAACUAGGCACAGCACUAUCAGGUGCAAUUUGUGUAUGAGUGGUAAAGUUCUCUUUCUUAAAUUCUCCUUUGUUUUUUAUUUGUAUUUUAACUGCACAGUCAUUUUCAGACUUGAAUUAAUUUAAAAUUGAGGUCAGUGUGUCCAGCCCUAAAAGUCAUUCUUCAGUUGUCAGCUGUCAGUCCAUUCUUACUGAAAGGAAUUAAAAGUCUUGAAUAUUUGUACUUUGCUUAUUAGCUUGUUAGGUGGCAGAGUGGGUUCCUGGAAAUCUUCAGGUGGAAGGCAGAGAACUUCUGAAGCAAACCAGGUGACCUGUGUUCAUCAGCUUUCAAAUCUAUUUCCCAGUAAGACCGAGUCUACCCAGGGGAAUGUAGAUGUACUUACUGCUUGGAACUUUGUAGUUAAUUGUAUUUGGCUAUCUAAUUCUAGUAACUUGCAUGUGCGCUAUGCUUGCUUGCUUUCAAUAGCUGACAAAAGCUAUAGGAGAUCUUGGGGGUUUGUUUAAAAAAAAAAAGCUGUUAAAAAAGACUGGCAAGAGAAAUCUGUCAGGCUGUGAACUGACUGAAACCAAUGAAGAUCUUAGCUUUUGGUCUAAAAUAAUUGUUUGAAUAGUCCUUAAUGAAAUGAAUUGGGUAGCAUGUGUAUUUCCACAGUGCAUUCCUCCAAGCAACAAAAAUAAUUAAAAUACUUUACAUUUCAACAAGGCUUUUUGGGACAUGUCUUGCUCUGGUUUUAUUUUUAAUUUAAAUAACAUUGAGUUGUAGUGAAUGUUCAGCGUAUUAAUGCCUGACUUAAAAGAUUAGCGUCAUUUGAAUGACUUGUGUUGUUUUGUUUAAUUACAGCUUUAUAAAAAUGUAGAUAUUUGCCUAAAGCCCAUCACUAGAUCUAGGUAUGUUUCAAUGACAUAGCAAGAAGAGGACCAAGAGAAAUAAACGUGCACAAUUUAAAUCUUACUUAAGAUGCUUUACUGUUCUGGGAAGAGAUGUUCUCCAUGCAGAUUCUGCUCUUCCUUUGUUUGUUUUUAGCUUCUGUUUUUAGUUCAACUAAUGAAAACAGUAAGAAACAAAGCCCUCAGACUGACUAGUUUCUGUCUCUCUAAUAUAUACACACACUGUACUUGCUUUUAACCUCAUCUACUGCAUGUUGUUAAUGCUGUACACAAAUGCAGUUGGAGUAUUUCUUUGAUGUUGUACAGCAUGAUACAUUUCAUUCCCCUUUCUAGUUUACCUCCCAUUAGCUAUAUAUUGCUCUACAACUGGAAAAAAAUGAGUUUUUGGGAAUUCAGUCUGUUUUGCCUAUAAUUUUUUUUUUCCUGUGAGUCUUAUGAGAAAUGUCCUGCUUGGAGAGUCUCAGACAGUAUUUUCCCGUGUUUAUUCAUGUUACUUUGCUUUAUUUUAUAAGUGGAUAUUGGUUUCUGAUGUGUUGUUACACUUAAUGUUGAAUAAAUUUGACUUCCAUUUUGAAAAGUGAAA